CUGUGCUUGAGAGAAAGUUGUCUAGAUCAUAAGACUGCAAUCAAGAAAAGUUGCUUUUAAUAUGCUGACUCUUUCAGAGUCAAGACAAGGCUUUUACAUCCUUUAAGCAACCAUUUUUUUCAUUAUUAUUGAAGAAAAGGAAAAAUAAAACAAACACCUUAUGCAGAAGAUAUAGACCUACUUUGAAGAGCUUCCUUUACAAAUGCUCCUCUUGAGACCCAAUCUCUCACAUAGAGUGAAUUUCUUGUCUGAAACAUCCUUCUCUGUGAACUGUAUUUGGGACAGGAAAUACAGAAAGUGGACAUACGCAUACUUCGGAAGAGAAUCUGUAAUGACGAAAUGACUUGUUCAGAAGACUCCCUGAAGAGAGCCAUAAAGGAAAUGCUUUAUCUUAGAACAAAAGCAUGGUGACUUCUGAAUAUUACAUCACCAAAUGAGGAACCCACAAGCAAGACAUAAUUUUUACUUGGCGGCACCUGACUUGCUGGAUCCCAAAUCAGCCACUCAGAACUCCAAACCAAGAUUAUCAUUUUCCACCAAGCCUACCGUGCUCGCUUCACGGGAGGAAAGUGAUUCAGCUAUUAAUGUUAUGAAAUGGAAGACAGUCUCAACAAUUUUUCUGGUGGUAGUUGUAUAUUUAAUAAUUGGAGCAACAGUAUUUAAAGCCCUGGAGCAGCCUCAUGAGACCUCCCAGAGAACCACCAUUGUGAUUCAGAAGCAGACGUUUGUAUCUCAGCAUUCCUGUGUGAAUGCAACAGAGCUUGAUGAACUGAUUCAGCAAGUAGUGGCAGCAAUAAAUGCAGGAAUCAUACCUUUAGGAAACACAUCUACUCAGAACAGUCACUGGGACUUGGGAAGUUCCUUCUUCUUUGCUGGCACUGUUAUUACCACCAUAGGCUUUGGAAACAUCUCCCCACGCACACAAGGUGGAAAGAUAUUCUGUAUCAUCUAUGCCUUACUGGGAAUUCCUCUGUUUGGUUUUCUGUUGGCUGGUGUUGGAGAUCAACUAGGCACAAUCUUUGGAAAAGGAAUUGCCAAAGUAGAAGAUACGUUUGUUAAAUGGAAUGUGAGUCAGACAAAGAUUCGCAUCAUUUCAACAAUAAUAUUCAUACUGUUUGGCUGCGUGCUGUUUGUUGCUCUUCCUGCAGUUAUAUUCAAGCACAUAGAAGGCUGGAGCACACUAGAUGCAAUUUACUUUGUGGUGAUCACGUUAACUACCAUUGGAUUUGGUGACUAUGUUGCAGGGGGAUCAGAUAUUGAGUACCUAGAUUUUUAUAAGCCAGUGGUGUGGUUUUGGAUCCUUGUUGGGCUUGCUUACUUUGCAGCUGUCCUCAGCAUGAUUGGAGACUGGCUAAGAGUCAUAUCAAAAAAGACAAAGGAAGAGGUAGGGGAAUUCAGAGCUCAUGCUGCAGAGUGGACAGCCAAUGUCACCGCUGAGUUCAAAGAAACUCGAAGGCGCCUGAGUGUGGAGAUCUAUGAUAAGUUCCAGCGUGCUACCUCUAUCAAAAGGAAGCUCUCUGCAGAACUUGCCGUCAACCACAAUCAAGACCUGACUCCCUGCAAGAGAACCCUAUCAGUCAACCAUCUCACCAGUGAGAAGGACAUCUUGCCAGCUCUAACAAAGACAGACAGCAUUUACAUGAAUGGUUUGACACCACACUGUGCAGCAGAAGAGAUAGCUGUUAUUGAAAACAUUAAGUAGCCGUGACUUUGGAUCUCAGUCCUUGAGAAGCUCUUGGCUUAGACUAGCCAUAUACCUUUUUUCUCCACCUUGUCAAUGAUCAGUGCUAAUAGCAUUUUAUAUGUGUGCAUGAUUUCCACAGAAACUACAGUCCAGAGUUACCAUUGCACCUCUACAAAGACGAAUGGCACUUCUGUUAGCGAAAUAUGCUGGAACAAGCAACGUCUUCUGCCUUUAUCUGCCCAGACUGUUUUUCACUUUUCCUAAUGUGCCAUAUGGCCUCAAGAAUGAAUCACACUUGUUUAUGGUAACAAUGUAGCUUUGAGGGAUCAGUCCUUAAAAUUUCAGGGUCUACCUUACUGAGCCUAGGAAUGGACUAUUUCUGGACUACAACACAUUUGUAAAUGGCAAGAAAUUCUUAUGCAGCCUUUUACCUAAGAAAUUUUUGUCAGUGCCUUAUCUUUUGAAGAACCAGAACCUCUACAGUUCCUGUAUGGUUUUUGUUUGGUUGGUUUUUGUUUUUGUUUUUGUUUUUUUUUUGCAUGAGAAGUGUAUUUCAUUUGAGCUUUCAUUCUUCUUGAAGCAAUGGUGUUUUAAAGGUGUCUGUCAUGAAGAUACCAACCAGCAUGAAUGAAUGCCAAAACUCAACAAUCAUCAAAUGAUGAUCUUAGCUCUAAAUUUAAAGGCACUGCAGUUUCAAAAGUUGCAAACAUAACCCCCAGAAACAUUUUAUUUUACUCAGGUCCAGCUGAUACUUGUCCACACUGACUUGUAGAAUUUGCAGACCCUCGUCGAGUCUUAUUUUUUCAAGCAGUGUUCAGCAGUUAUUUUUCUCUGCAUCAGAUGUACCAAAAAGAAAUCUGCAGUUUAUCUAUCACUAAAUUAUUUGGUAGAUGACAAAAGCAAAUAAAAAUUACUAUUUUGAGGAGAGGCAGGAGAGGCUUUUAAUUCCUGUAUUCUAAUAACCACGUCCAGAAAACCACACAGAAAUAAGCAGCAAUUUUUAAUAAGCGUAAAUCUUCUGCCAGAUAUUUGCUCCAUGAAAAACAUUCUUAACUUCCUCUUUAAGUCAAGUCACACCAGACUCCAUAUGAUAUUUUACCCAGGAAUCCUGCUGGAGUGCUUUCCUGAAUGUCACACUGUACAGUGGCUGCCCGUGCCGGAGCUGUGACUAAUGUGGGAAUCCAAUUGAAACUGGUAUCACUGUGACUUUCUACAUUUCAGAUAGAGAUGGCUCUGAAUAUAAGUGCAGGCAUGAAGAAGAUCUGAUAAAUAGCACAAUCUGAAUAUCAAUGAUUGUUCAGACAGGAUAGGCUGAUGAGAAGCAGAUCUAAAGGAGACUAUGGGUUUUCUUUAUUGGAUUUAAGAAAACACAUUAACUUUAAUUUUAUAUCUUCUGUUUUGCUUAUGGGUGUACAUGAGAUUCAGAAGAAAUACAGGAUGGAAUGGAUAAUUUUGCAGUUUUUUCUUACUUUAGUCUAUUGUAACCUGGCUGUACAUAAAAUGAACAGAACAGGCCUUAAAGAAUAACUUAGGCUCUGUGUAAAUUAAAAAGAAUGGGACUUUGCUGAUUGGGCAUGAUUCAAGUGGCAAAUCUUACAGCAUCUCUGACCAUUAGAUAACAUGCAAGAUAUGAAUGUUAAUGUUUUUUGGAUGCUUAGCUUGUUUUCUAAUAAAUAUAAGUUAAUAUGUAAAUUCAGUCACUUCUGUGUAAAUAUCAGUCAAUUAACAUUUACAGAGUAUGCUUUUAAAACUAAGGAAGUUCCAUGACACAGCACCGAGCAAUGCUCUUAUAACAAAGACCCUUUUCUCCCCAGCACAGUGUUCUGAAUGUCCACAUGGUGAGGGUUCAUCUCACCAUGUAUAAACUGUGAAUUGUAAUGAAAAAUAAAGUUUUUAAUUAAAAUAAGCUUUUCUGAAUCUCCUGCUUGCUACAAAUGGAAUGCUUAAGAAAUAAUUUGUGAAACUGAUUUUUGUGUUUUUAUUGGUUACAGAGUAUAGCAGUUUGCCACCUGCUUUAAUUUAAGAUGGUUUAGCAAUAAAGGCUUGACUCACAAAGCACAGAAAUUAUUUUUUUCCUUGAUGUUAAAAAUAAUGCUGUUUGGUUGCUGUAUCUUAAAAUGUGUUUCUUGCUAAUUUGUUUCAAAAACUUGGUGGGCUGGAGUUUCUUCUGCCAUGUGCUACACAACUGAUGUAAAUUUCUCCAUCUUUGAACUAAGGGAGGUGUGGGGAGCCCUGAUAUGUUGCUUUGCCAGUUCUCCUGUGCGUGCUGGUAACCUUCAGCAGAAGUGUGUGAACAAGCAGCUCUAAGGGCAGUAGCCUUUCAUGCCAGAGCAGUCAUUUCUGGCAUGAAUAUUUUACAACAGCCUCUCUAGGUCUUGGCCAAGGGAAUGCUAGCCUGCAAAUGUGUGCUGCUAAGUGAAGAGGACUGUCUUCUUACAUUAUUCCAAUCUGAUUUGUGUGGGAUGUUUCUCAGUGCCUUUUGGAUCUGGUUUUUAGAAAGGGACUAGUAAAAUUUAAUGGUUUUUUGUCUUUGACAUUCAGAGAUGUGGCAUCUUAGGUUAAAGCUUUGUAUCUUCUUAAUCCUUUUGUUUCCACUUACCAACCUAUAGAAGAAAGUGUCUCUGUGGUUUCUUUCAUUGUAAAGAAACUUUUGGGCAUCUUGGAACCCACUGUAAAGAGUUUUGGGACAUUGUUUUGGGAUCCUGUGACAACAUUUGACAAACUAAUAUAGUUAGUUAUUAAAUUCAUUCAGCAUUUAUUUACCUUUGUGUGUGAACUCUGGGAAGAGAACCUCUGUCAAUUUAUAUAUAAAAGAUAUUGUUUUUCACUUUUGUAAUCGAACUAAAUGAUCCUACCUUAUCAAACUAGAUUUGACUGUUUGGAACAAAGCAUUAACAAAUAAAAUACUUUAUUUCUAAGUUUAAUUGAAGAAGAAGAAAAGAUGCCACAGUCCGGAUGUUAUAAGUAGGUAGAGUUAUCAUGAUCCAAAUAUGUCUAGUACCAUUAAUGUUAUUGGAAAAUCUUUUUCUUCCUCUCCACAUAUAAUGAGAGAUCGCACAUGCUGAGGAUGACUAAGUGAAUUUAUAAAACUUGAUGAACUCUAUAAAAGUUUUUAUUCCUGUAAGAGCAGAGUUUCAUAUUAAAAACCCGUCUUUCUUGCCUCUGGAAAUUUUGCAUAGCUCAUUUUCCCCUUCCAAAUCUGGAGCUAUGAAACCAUGAAUUAGGACUUAAUGAAAAUCCAUUUGUAACUUCCUUUAUCUCACGCACACAUGGGGACAUUUCCAGACUGUUAGGAUACUUGUUACUUAAGCAACUUUGUGCAAAUGCUAUUUCAGUUUGGUAAAGGGUUGUUUUCUUUUGUGCUGCCACUUGUAUUUGGUAAUAAUAAAAGACUCUGGCAAAACAUUUUGGAUGAAAGACAAGUUUUAGCGCAUAAAAAUCUGUAAAGUUACACGUGCCACCUAAAAAAAUAAUUUAUUUCUCAGUGUUAGAGGAAACAUUACAUUAAUAAAAACUUAUCUGUUGGAUAAGUAGCUAAUGAUAAUCUGUAUUGUUUACUGCCUAUGAUAAUAUUGCGUUUUUUUGCAUUCUGUGGUAUAACUACAUCUGGUAAAAUGUCAGUAUCUUCAAAACCUUCAAAACCUGCCCUACAAGAGAGGCAGGGAUAUCAAGUUGCAAAGAACUUGUUCCGUGCCUAGCUCUUGCUUGAGUACCAGGGCAAGAGCUUACUUUGGCAUCCCCUCCAUGUUUUGUAGCUCCAGGCUGCCUAUCCUCCUUUGCUAAAUAUUUAGGCAGUGCCUUGCAGUGCCCCUGUUUGAACUGAGAACAUCCUGGAAGGGUCAAACCCAGAAGCUUCCUGGAUCCCAUGAACUUCCUAAGAGUGUCUUCCUCUUCAUCUCUUCCUGAAAUUUUAUUUUAUGCAGGAGGAAGAAAGCUGGAAGGUAACACAGAAACCUGCAGAAGUGCUAAACCUCUAAAGGGACCAUCCUUCAACUGGAAUGGACUUUCCUUAGGUCAUUAAGCAAACCCAUAAGACCAGGACAGUAGAUGGGAGAAAAUCUAGUCCAUGUGUUCGUUUUGACUUCUUGCUCCUCCUACAUUUUUUUUCUACACCAGUGAUCCUCUAAAUAGGAAUACAGUACAGCCAAUGGAAGAAGAAAUGGAAGGUUGCUCUACUUAGACAACCCUACAAGCACAUCACAGGUCUAUAUAUGCAUAUAAUUUAGUUCACAAGAAGGAAAUUUUCCUGCUAGGGAAACUGCAUAUAGUGUUGAAAUACCGCGGUAAUAUUUCUAAUAAAUCGCUGUCAUACAUUUAUGUGGUAAUUACCUUUUCUUUCCUACCUUGCAGUACUGUUUGAAAGGAAAGGAUUUUAUAUACUAAGAAAAAUAUACAUUUUUACAUGAAUUUGUCAGAGCUGAAGUAAUCAUUUUGUCAUAGAAACAUGAGUAAGUUUUUUUUUGUGUUGCCUUACAGAUUUAAAUGAACAACAUAACCUUACUGCAACCAAAGUGUUCCAUUUGGGAAAAAUAGAGAGAUUGUUAUUAGAAAUAAAAAGCUGUUGAGCAAUACGGAGAUAUUAAAAAUCUUUCAUUUGAGCAAGCAUUCUGUGCUUUGCCAAAUUAUUGUUACAAUUGUGAAAGGCCUGUGUGAAAAUUGCUUGGAAUAGAUUUAUUAUACUUGGAAAGCUUGAACAUGUCAAUUUUAGGCCAUUGCUUAACAUGCUUUCACAAAUUUUCAGAAGAAUAUGUUGAAUAUGUUUAGAAACAAGUACAUUACUUAUUGUAGGACAACAUCAUUUUACCCUUUAUACAGAACAGCUGAUAUAGUAACUUAUACAGCUUUUUAUUCUGGACCCAGGUGUUUUUGUGCCUUCAAUGUGUAGCAACAUUGUUGUGUAAUCUUAAAUUGACUAAAAAACCCACUUUGAUACACUGACUCUUAAUUCUUGUUAAUUUAGUGAUUCAACACUAUAGCUCAAUAUAAAAUCCAGAUCUUGGAAAACCAAUGGACUUAGCUUUUUAUGAAUUACAGAAUUAUUUACACUGGAUAUAAUAAGUAAUAUUUAUUUCUUGUUUUAGUAAUUUCUGAAUGUUAAGCUAGUUUUCUAGCCUAGUUGCUGUAGACAGAUAAUCACAGAGAAAGCAACUCAUCUCUCAGUGGUUUGUAAUUAAUACACUAUGAUCAGGCUACUGGUAUUAGAGGUCUUUGUAACUAAAACUGGGGUAAUACAUUGUGUUCUGUCUUCAUUGUUACUAGUUAUGAGUAGUAGUAUUCACUAAACACUCAGGGUACAAUGUUUUGUUCUGGGAACGUUACAAGGGUGUUUAUAUAGACAUCUUCAGUA